CAGCCGCACUGCGGGUGAAAAUUUUUGUUUUUGUGUACGCUUUUUCACCGCGGCAGUUUCGCAUUUUUCAACCAGUUCGGAACGUUUGCAGAAAUUUUCCACCCGUGUCCGCGCCUCAAAAUGUCCAAACGCAAAGCGGAAGUAGUUACCGAGGAGGACAACUAUCUGGACGAUCUGGUGCAGGACAAGCAGAGCAACCGGCCGUCCACCAGCAAGCAUACGUUGGACUCGGAUGAGGAGGACAGUGGCGACGACGAUGGGCAGUACAACGUCCUGGACGAUAAUGACAUCGAAGGAGAGGAGGAGGGAACCGCUCGGAUCGACGGAGAAGUCAAGAUUACGCCGUUCAACAUGAAGGAAGAAAUGGAGGAAGGCCACUUUGACGCUGAUGGGCACUACUUGUGGAAGAAGGGAGUCGAUUUGCGGGACAAUUGGCUGGAUAAUAUCGAUUGGGUUAAGAUCAAGAACGAUCCAAAUUAUAAGGAGAAGAAAGAUGACGCCGUUAAGGGGCUCGGCGAUUCCGACUCCGAUUCCGAUUCGGAAGAUGGAGAAGGAGCGUCGAAGAAGUUUGACGCUUCCGUGGUUUACCAGGAUAUUCUGAACAUGAUGGUACCGAAGGAAACGAUCAAGAAAGCACUCCAAAGGAUUGGCAAGAAUAAUGCCAAACUAACAACGGCCCAGCGCUGGAAGUUGAAGAAGGCCGGAAAGUUGGAUGAUUCUAGCGAGAAAGUAACAAAACUGACCGAGCUCGCUAAUGAGAUACUGACCCGCGAUGGCAACAUGGACAUUUACGAUGAAACGUACGAAAUGAUCCAGAAGAAAAUCAGCGACGCUAAAACUUCCAAAGACGGCGACGGAGAUUUGGACAUGUACGCCGACGAUUUUGAUAACAAAGAAAUGGAUAAACUCAAAGAGGGAGAACAUUCCACCGACCAAAAGCCGUCCACAUCUUCCGCCGCCGAUAGCAAACCGGAAGCAGACGUGGCAAAGCCCGAGCUGAUGUGGGAGUACAAAGAACAGCAGGAGGGAAAAAUCCACGGUCCGUUUACCACCGAGCAAAUGCAAAAGUACGCCGAAGAGGGCCGUUUCAGCAGUGGUGCAUUUGCUAGGAAGGUAGGUGCCGAAGAUACGCUUUACUCCGCUUCCCGGAUUGAUUUUGAACUUUACCUGUGAAUAUACUGCUUGAUCCAUUUCAUUCAAUACAUUUUAGUGCGUUAAUAA